AUGGGGUAUAGCAGAAGGCUUGGAGGCGGGGAAAUCCCAAAUUACGGAGAAGAAAAUGAUCUGUUCACAGUUAAGAUUAGACAUGGGGGAAACUUAAGUCAUUCUGGAUCUACUUCCUAUGUGGGAGGGUAUUGUGAUUAUUUUGAUAAUGUUAAAGUAGAUGAAUGGGGUUAUAUGACUAUUAAGGAUCUACUAAAUGACUUAGGGUUCAACAUUGAGGAUUGUAGGGCUAGAGAAGUUGAGUUAUGGGUUGGUUUGGGUGAAUUGGAUGCAGUAAGUGAAGAGGAGGGUAUUGAGGAUGGCUUGUUUGACUGUAAUAUUGAUUACAAUGAACAAGAAGGUGAUGACAUUGAAUUUGCAAGAUCAAUUGAUCCAACUGUGGAGUAUGAUGGUGUAUUGCCAGGUGAGAAAGGUGUGGGUGAAGAUGAGGAGCAAUGGGGAAAUAUUGACCCUCCGAUUGAAUAUUCUGAUGAAGGGUCACCAUAUGGUAGUGAUGAAGAAGGGGAAAAAGAGAAAUUCCCACAUUUUAGGGCUUGUACUGACAAGGAAUGUCCUGUGUUUAGUAUUGGCUUAAAAUUUGCUUCUAAAUCUGAUUUUAAAGAUGCCAUAAUACAGUAUGCUUUUAAGAAUGGGAAGGAUUUAAAAUUCUCCAGAAAUGAUAAGGUUCAGUAUGUGGUGACUUGCAAACACAUUGGAUGCCCAUGGUCAAUCACUCUUAGGUUAGAGCAACAUUCUAAUACUUGGAGGGUUAUUACCUUUAAUGAUUCCCAUAUUGAUUAUCCUUGGGUGAAAGAAACCAAAAUGGUUAAAGCAACUUUGUUGGCAAAAAGGUGGAAGAAUGAAGUGAAAGGCCAUUCUACAUGGACAACCAAGGAGUUUAGGGCCAAAGUAUGUAGUGAUGAGCAUUUCACUGUGACCAAGAGGCAAGCAAUAAAGGCCAUGAAGCUUGCUAGGUUUGCAAUUAAGGGAGAACUUGAGGAUCAUUUCAACAAGUUUUGGAGCUACUACCCUGAGAUACAAAGGUCAAACCCAAACACAACUUCUUUGGUUAAAUUGAGUAAUGUUGUUGAAGAAGAAGGGAAGAAAAGGUUUAUGAGGUGGUAUGUAAGUUGGGAGGCAUGCAAAGAGUGGUUUAAGCACUGUAGGAAGAUUAUAGGAGUUGAUGGCUGCCAUCUUAAGGCCAAGUAUGGUGGAAUGUUGCUAACUGCCACAGCAUUAGAUGUAACCCCUCACCUAUUCCAGUAA